UGCGCCCUAGCUCCGCAGUUCGAACGCGGCCCGGUGGUCGGGUCUCGGGCGCGUUCCUGCUGUGCCCCUCCCGAUCCCUGACGGCGGCUGUGACCAAGCCCUGCGGGAUCUGACGGUGCGGAGACGUGCUGAGCGAGGAGGUGUGGCGCGGACCGCGCUGGGCUCGGGUUCGGGCUGCCUGGCCUCCUCCCGCCCGGUGGGCGGCUCAGACCAUGUCACCCGAAGAAUGGACCUACCUAGUGGUUCUCCUUAUCUCCAUCCCCAUCGGCUUCCUCUUUAAGAAGGCUGGACCUGGGCUGAAGAGAUGGGGGGCAGCAGCAGUGGGCCUGGGGUUCACCUUGUUCACCUGUGGCCCCCACACUUUACACUCCCUGGUCACAGUUCUGGGGACCUGGGCCCUCAUUCAGGCUCAGCCCUGCUCCUGCCACGCCCUGGCUCUGGCCUGGACCUUCUCCUACCUCCUGUUCUUCCGAGCCCUCAGCCUGCUGGGCCUGCCCACUCCCACACCCUUCACCAACGCCGUCCAGCUGCUGUUGACACUGAAGCUGGUGAGCCUGGCCAGUGAAGUCCAGGACCUGCACCUGGCCCAGAGGAAGGAAAUGGCCUCCGGCUUCAGCAAGGAGCCCCCCGUGGGGCUGCUGCCCGAAGUCCCCUCCUUGAUGGAGACGCUCAGCUAUAGCUACUGUUACGUGGGGAUCAUGACAGGUCCCUUCUUCCGCUACCGCACAUACCUGGACUGGCUGGAGCAGCCCUUCCCUGAGGCGGUGCCCAGCCUGCGGCCCCUACUGUGCCGCGCCUGGCCGGCCCCACUCUUCGGCCUGCUCUUCCUGCUCUCCUCCCACCUCUUCCCACUGGAGGCCGUGCGUGAGGAUGCCUUCUACGCCCGCCCGCUGCCCGCCCGCCUCUUCUACAUGAUCCCUGUCUUCUUCGCCUUCCGCAUGCGCUUCUACGUGGCGUGGAUCGCGGCCGAGUGUGGCUGCAUUGCUGCUGGCUUCGGGGCCUAUCCCGUGGCCGCCAAAGCCCGGGCCGGGGGCGGCCCCACCCUCCAAUGCCCACCCCCCAGCAGUCCGGAGGAGGCCACUUCCCUGGAGUAUGACUAUGAGACCAUCCGCAACAUCGACUGCUAUAACACCGACUUCUGCGUGCGGGUGCGGGACGGCAUGCGGUACUGGAACAUGACGGUGCAAUGGUGGCUGGCUCAGUACAUCUACAAGAGCGCACCUGCUCGCUCUUACGUCCUGAGGAGUGCCUGGACCAUGCUGCUGAGCGCCUACUGGCAUGGCCUGCACCCCGGCUACUACCUGAGCUUCCUGACCAUCCCGCUGUGCCUGGCAGCCGAGGGCUCUCUGGAGUCGGCUGUGCGCCCGCGGCUGGGCCCCGGUGGCCAGCAGGCUUGGGACUGGGUGCACUGGCUCCUGAAGAUGCGAGCCUACGACUACAUGUGCAUGGGCUUUGUGCUGCUGUCCAUGGCCGACACGCUCCGGUACUGGGCCUCUGUCUACUUCUGCAUCCACGUCCUAGCCCUGGCUGGGCUGGGGCUGGGCCUGGCGCUGGGGGGGGGUGGUCCCCGCCGGAGGAAGGUGGCCACGCCGGCCCAGGCCUCCCCGCCAGCCCAGGAGAAGCUUCGGGAAGAGUGAGCUGCAGGAUGUUCACGAACCAGGCCACUGUCUCCUCUCUCAGCAAGGGGCUGCCCGAGGGGGGGGUCGAAGAGCACCCCCCCCAUCUCCUUCAGCUAACCACCGUGUGUGAGGCAAGGCUGAGGUGCCCCUCACCAGGGAGGCCCUGCGCCCAGCAGGGAGGUGGGUGUUGCCCACACCGGCCUCCCGGCUGCUCCACCUGAGGGUGAAUAGAGGGUUACACGUGUGUCAUUUUCCUCCCUCUCCCUCCCCAGUGCUGAAGAGGGGCCUGUGGAGAUGUGUCUUCAAUCCUUGUUGUACAUACACAUACCAAUGGUGACAGGAGCAUCAAGGCCAGGUUCUGGGACAGAGAGAACCUCUUGUGUCUUGAUCCAGCAAGGGGAAACUGGGCUGGGGAUGGAGGACAUGGGGGACGGGGUGCCCCUGCAGGGUCACCUCCAGACCCCCCAUUCCUGUGGUCCUGGGCCUGACACAGUUCGGAACUGUAAAUCUUUUCCCAAUAAAGUGUUGCACAGG